AUGUUUUUUUUUAUUAGGCAUCCAGAUAAAAACCAAGAUCCAACAGCACAGGACAAGUUUAUCGCAAUAAAUGAAGCAUAUCAGUUGCUAUCAGAUUCCGAACAAAGGAAGCAUUAUGACAACUUCGGCUACACUCAAGACACACCACAACGAAGGGGAGGGGGCGGAUUUCCUCGUGACUUUGAUCCGUUCGAAGACUUUUUCCAGUUUCAUCCUGGGUCUGGGUUCACGUUCCGUUUUGGCAAGAGUGGAGCUGGAACGGAAUCAGUUUUCAGCAAACAACGAAUAACUCUGUGGACAUAUGAGAAUACCAUAGUACCAAAGAGCAAAUACAAGCCCUACAUUAUAUUUGCCUAUAAGGAUUGGUGUAUGCUGUGUAUGCAUGCAGAACUUCUAUGGGAACGAUUGACCAAAGAUCUUGAGGGAAUAGGUAUCGGCUAUGCGACGGUGCACACACAGCUGCAGCCUGAGCUCGCGCGGCGAGUGCGCAUCCACAGCGUGCCCGAGAUCGCGAUCGUCAUCGACGGCCGCGUCUUCCACCACAAGGACGGCGUCGAGAAGUUCUCCUCCAUCGUCGGAUUCGUGCGAACGUCGUUCCCGUACGAGCUGGUGACGCUGCUACGUAAGCAGCACUACCUGGACAGCUUCCUGGACGGCGGCGAGGAGAACAAGGUGCGCGUCGUCUACUUCGGUCGCCACGACAAGCCGAAGCUGCGCUACCUCACCGUCGCCUUCCUCUUCCGCGACUACGCGCGCUUCAUGUACGGCGUCGCGUACCGCGCCGAGACGGAGGCGGCUUGCGCGCGCUACGGCGUGCCGCGCGACGGAGAGACGAUCCUCAUAUUCAAGGAGGACGACGAUCGGCCGGCGGCAUCUCUGUCCAUGCUCGACAUCCCGACGGCGUCCAUGCGCGAGUUCGUCGACGCCAACAAGCUGCUCGUGCUGCCGCGGCUGUCGUCGCCGCGCCACCUCGACGCGCUGUGCCCCGUCGAGGCGUCGUGCACGCGCCGCCGCGUCUGCAUCGUGCUGCUCGUGAGCCGCUGCGCAGACGACCUCGCUCACCGCGCCGCGCUGCGCCGCUACGUGGCGCGCGGCGGGGGCGCGGCGGGAGAGCACGUGCGGUUCGCGUACGUCUACCGCGAGGCGCAGCCGGAGUUUGUCGGCUCGCUGCUGCAGGAGGACGACCGGCUCAACGAUUCUGUGGCCAGCGUCGUCAUCAUGUGGCGUCCGUCGGAGGACAAGGUCAAGUACGAGUGGGUGGAGAGCGGUUGGAGCGCGGACCCGGAGUUCCGAUCGCAGGAGCACCUCGACACGGCGAUCCGCUCGUUUCUAGGUGGUGGCUGCGAGCUCACGCGCGAAGCCAUGCUGAAGAACCUCAUAGACGAACAUGCGAAGAGCGUGGUCGGCAGGAUUGUGAGCAGGUGCCUCUCCCUAUACGAGUACAUCGUGUGGGACAUCACGAGAGAUGAAUUUCUACCACUGUUCUCCAUCAUCAUAUCAAUCGCCUUCAUCUUGGUCGGUGGAUAUGUGAUGGCAUACCUUGUGAAUCUAGAGGAAGAGAACGUGAGUCGAACAAAAGAGGAGCGCAAUGAGCUUCGCAAGAAGAAGGAUCUCGAGAAGCUACCUAAGGCGGUGUCACUGUACGAGCUGCACGGCGGCACGUACGACGGAUUGGUACGGCUGCUGAAGCCGGGAUGCCGCACCAUCAUCAUCUUCGUUAACGACGAGAUCAAGCAGCAUCUGCUGGAGCGAUUUGUGCAGACGAUCUACCCGUAUCGCUGCAAUAAAAGUCUCGCGUUCGCAUAUGUCCAACUGGAAACGCAGACAGACUGGUAUCGUCGUCUGCUGCUGCAGACCUUGGGCCCGAUAGGGAGUGUGCGACCGCUAAACAUCAACCCAAAGAACUGCCUUGGCACAGUGCUGUCGCUCAACGGCCAUCGCAAGUACUACUGCAUAUACCACCCCAAGCAUCCAGGUUUGAAAAAGGGCAAGCCCACCAAGCAGCAGAAGCAGCAGCAGCAGCAGCAGCCCAACGAAGCACAGCUCAAUGGCAAGUUUAUCGGGAUGGACGACACAUCGAGUGAUAGCGAGGCGGAUCUGGUCUCUGAUCAGGUUCACAAUGAUCCACUUACAGGACUCUCCAACUGGCUGGACAGGCUGUUUGAGGGCUCCGUCGUGCGCUACCCUGUCGAGUACUGGCCCAUCAUGAAUUGAUCCUUCAUGCUUGUUCGACCUGCAAAGUCGUUCUCCCAUGUGCGAACAAUUGGAUUGUCCUGCGCGUGUACAUACUCUCGAUGUGCGGUUCGUCAUCUGGCGCUGAGAGAUCAGUCGUCGUUAUCAUUAGCAGGCAGCCUCAUGAUUAUUUAUGAUUAUUUAUAAUGUGCCAGACCUCACGUGAUGAUUGACUCCAGGCAAAAUGCUUAUCAACACACUAGCGAACUGCACAAACAUGCUGUAAUGACGAGCAUCAUGUAAUUUGUUUGUUUUUAAGCGACGUUGUGAGAUUAUGAAUAAUAAUUACUACAGUAUUAACUUCUUCACUCAUGCCAUGAUUGUACUUGUGUUUACCGCUGUCGUUGUUCGAAAAAGGCAGCCCAAUGCUACAUUAUCCACAACAGUAAUGCUGUUGUGUAACUCUAUAUACCUGUUGGUCAUAUAGAACGAGGUCGUCAGACUACUUUAUUUGAACCCUAGAAGUAGGAGACUGUGCCCCAAUGUUAAACUCUUCCUAACUGUGCUCGUUUGCACUUACUCGUUUACACACAUUUACUGCACAUCUGGCAUCGCAAAUCCAGGUAUUUGUAAUAGUUUGCAGUCAUAUGGAUCAAUCUUGCCCAUUUGUAUACUGUACUUCAGCUUGACAUGGGCUGACAGCUGGUGGCACGGUUCUCGUAGGUUGAUGUUGCUUGAAAUUCACAUCACGCGUUAUUAAUUGUGUUAUUAGUAGUGAUCAUACUGCUAUACACACUAUAUUAGUCAUACAGUUAUGACUGUUUUUUGUAUAUAUUUCAUUUGCAUGAAAUUUAUAGCAAGUUAUUUUCUAUGCGACACUGUCACAUAUACGAUUAAUUUUUCUGAUGAACCCUCUUUGUCGGCUGUUUUCUAAAGAACAGACCAAGGAACUCUCCCUUCACCUGAUGACGAAUUUAGUUAUGUCAAUAAGAUUCUUGUUGUAUUGUGCAGUAAUAUUGUACCAAAGUCUAGUCAUGUGUUGAGAGUGCUUAAAACUUUAAUAAUACAAGUCCAUUAUGCUAAAA